AUGACUCCGUCCGACGAUGCACCGGCACCAUUUUCUGAACCGCCGUGGCUGAUGGGCCACGGUUCUCCAUACUAUACAGCCACGCACAUCAAAUGGCAAAAGGCUUGUCGUGAAUUCAUUUCAACGCAUCUGGCACCGUACGCACAAGAAUGGGAGACAGAAGGCAAUGUUCCAGAGCAUGUUUUCGAAACCUUUUCGAAGCACAACAUGCUCAUUCCGAACUUGCCCGCUCCUCUACCAAUUGAUCUACUGAAGUUCAUGGGCAUCAACGAGCUUCUUGGCGGUUUGCGGAUCGAAGAUUUUGACUACUUCCAUUUUUCAAUCUAUAUAAGCGAAAUGCGAAGACCAGGCGUUGGAGGUCCUACAUCAUCACUAUCCACAGGUAUGGCUUAUGGAAUGCCGCCUAUCAUCACGUAUGGCAGCCAGGAAUUGCAGCAACGACUUCUCCCGGAUCUUAUCCGUGGGAGGAAAAGGAUUUGCAUCGCUAUUACGGAACCGGGUGCUGGGAGUGACGUCGCAAGUAUUUCCACCGGCGCUGUGAAGAGCGAGUGUGGAAAAUACUACAUUGUCAACGGUCAGAAGAAGUGGAUUACCAAUGGAAUUUGGUCUCAUUAUGCUACGAUGGCUGUCAGAACUGGAGGCCCGGGAGCCAAAGGACUCUCGCUCCUGGUUGUGCCCCUGCUCGAUAAUACUAGUAUCUCGAUGCGCCGAAUGAAGACAACUGGAGGCACUACCAGUGGUACCACAUUCAUUGAUCUUGAAGAUGUCAGGGUUCCCACGGAAAAUCUUAUUGGAAAGGAGGGAGACGGAAUGAAGAUGAUAACUCGAAACUUCAAUCAUGAACGACUCGCAAUUACGAUUGGGGUUACGCAAACGGCUAGGGUCGCGCUCUCAGCGGCCUUUGCCUACGUCCUCAAGCGUGAGGCCUUCGACAAACCGCUCAUGGAACAAGCAGUGGUCCGGAAUCGUCUUGCCAGGUGUGGCUCGGAGCUUGAGAGUCUGUCUGCCUGGGUGGAUCAGCUUGUGUACACUAUGUGUAAAGCGAAAGAUCAUGGGGCACCGCCAGAGCUUGGAGGCCUUGUUGCUCUAGCGAAGGCCAGAGCCGGUAUAGUGCUUGAUGAGUGUGCUAGAUGUGCAGUUCUUCUUUUCGGCGGCAAUGGCUAUACUCGCACUGGUCAGGGUGAGCUAGUAGAGAAGAUUUAUCGGGAGGUUCCAGCAGCACGGAUUCCAGGCGGGAGUGAAGACGUCAUGUUUGAUCUCGCUAUUCGCCAGCUCGUCAAAAGCUUUAGAAAUAACGCACAUGCUGUGGGAAAGGGAAAGCUAUGA